AUGUUAUUCGGACCGCUCCCCCCCGUGUGUCCUGCUAUCUACCUGCGCACACGCGCCAUCUGUAUCGUCAGCGAGUACACCUACGUCGGAACCACCUUCUCGUCCACGUCUCGCUACAUCUUCGCGCAUCAUUAUUCCCACAAGGCAAAAGUCGCGCGUCAGGUGGCUAAUGCAGCGUUAGGCCUGGAGUCUAUGAUCGGCGACCUCCCGCCUGAGGACGGUAAACGCCUCUACAUGGCCCGCAUCGAUCCCCACUUGACCUUCGCUUGUGAAGUGGCGCUCGACAUCGAUCCCACCCUAUUGCAGCCACUCGUGCAUAUCCAACAAACCUAUCUACGUCGUCUGCUCGGGCUUAAUUCCCGCUGCCAGCUUCUUGUUUUAUUUUCAGAGACAGGAAUUUUACCCUUAAAGUAUAGACGUGCAAUGCUCGCUCUUCGAUACCUCCGCCAUCUCCUUAUCCUUCCCACUGAUGACCUUGCGGCUAUUGCAUUGGCACAGGCACAUCAACUAGCUGUCAAUGGAUUCCCCUCCUGGGUGUCUGACCUGCAUGUAGUCUUGCAGCGUAUGGAGACCCCCGUUGGGUUUGAUCUGCAUCAUCCACUAACACUGCGAUGUGUUGAUGACUGCCUGCAUAAACUUACUGCUUCUCUCGAAGGUUAUGUACAGCGAGAGUUGAAUGACAGCCCGCGGUUACUACUGCUUCGACAGCGGACAGAGCUGACAAACGAUGGAAGGCACGUACAUCAUACUUUGGCCUUCCGACAUUAUCUUCGUGUGACCUGUGCGGAACACCGCAAAGCCCUCACUCGUCUCCUCGUAUCGGAUCAUGCUCUUGCAGUGGAGCAGCUCCGUAGAGCAGAACGCGGGAGAGCCACAGUGCCGCGAGAAUGGCGAAUAUGCAGGCUAUGCCGACACCGCGAUAUCAUCGAGGACCCUGUACAUGCGCUCUUUGAAUGUACCUCUCAUCCCGACCUCGUCAGUCUCCGCGAUACCUUCCUCAAUACAGUGUUCGCAGAGCGGACCAAUCUCCGUACUGCAUACAACACCCUAUCCAGACUGGCUUUCACACGGGAGCUCAUAGCGCAGGAACACUCCAUCGCCUUACUCGCGAAAUUCGCACACGAUGUACUUCAGAUUUUCACCCGCGAAAAUCUUAUUGUUGUCAGCUCUAGAGAAGAGCUUGAGCGCUUCCCUACCAGUCUCAUGCAUCCUUGA